GAGGGAACGCCGCUGUCACUUAUCACUCGACACUGACAGUCUGUGUGAAACCAUUGAAAAUCUCCCGUCCUCUCCUCAGAAUUCUCGCACUGUAUUGUCACAGUCAUAACAGCAUUAUUACCCUAGAGAAAAGUGAAAACAGGGUAGAUUCCCCUGUUCCUUAAAUAGCCCUUUGCGGCGUUUUGUAGCAUUUUUUGAAGGUGAUAUUUGAUCGUGAUGCUCAAGUGCUGCUUUGAUUCCCCAGCGCUAUCCAACGAGGCAGGCAGAUGUUUUAUUGAUAUGGAAGUUUGUGUCCGCAAGCAUUAUGUGCAAACAACUACAUGUUAGAGUUCGUGAAACUUGUGAGUCUCAACUAUGGCAUCUUCUGGCUUAGGUAAUGGAGGAGCAGGGAGUUCUAGAAGUGCUAAUGGGUUUACAAAUUCAUCUACGUCAGUUGACUGGUUGGGAAGAGAAAUGAUUGAAUUGAGGCUGAGGGACAGAGUGGACAUUGAUGAUGAUAAAGACAGCGAACCAGAUAUAAUUGAUGGCGUGGGUGCAGAAACAGGACACAUCAUUAGAACAACUAUUGGUGGUAGGAAUGGACAACCCAAGCAGGCGGUAAGCUACAUAGCAGAACAUGUGGUAGGAACGGGAUCUUUUGGUGUGGUUUUCCAAGCAAAAUGCAGAGAGAGUGGAGAAAUUGUGGCAAUCAAGAAGGUUCUUCAAGAUAAGCGCUAUAAGAACAGAGAGUUGCAGAUAAUGCAAAUGUUGGACCACCCUAAUAUUGUCGCUCUCAAGCAUUCUUUCUUCUCAACAACAGAUAAGGAAGAGCUAUACCUCAACCUUGUCCUAGAGUAUGUUCCUGAAACUGUUAACCGUAUUGCUAGGCAGUACAACAGAAUGAACCAGAGGGUACCAUUAAUAUAUGUCAAGCUCUAUGCCUAUCAGAUAUGCAGGGCACUGGCUUAUAUCCAUAAUUGUAUUGGCCUAUGUCAUCGGGACAUCAAGCCUCAAAACUUAUUGGUGAACCCACAUACGCAUCAGCUGAAACUGUGCGAUUUUGGAAGUGCAAAAGUUUUGGUGAAAGGUGAACCCAAUGUGUCAUAUAUUUGUUCAAGAUAUUAUCGUGCCCCUGAGCUUAUAUUCGGUGCCAAUGAAUACACUUCAUCCAUUGAUAUUUGGUCCACGGGCUGUGUGAUGGCUGAGCUACUUCUUGGACAGCCUUUGUUUCCUGGAGAGAGUGGGGUUGAUCAGUUAGUGGAGAUUAUAAAGGUCUUAGGAACACCAACCAGGGAGGAGAUCAAAUGCAUGAAUCCAAACUAUACUGAAUUUAAGUUUCCACAGAUAAAACCCCAUCCAUGGCACAAGGUUUUUCAAAAACGUUUGCCUCCAGAAGCAGUUGACUUGAUUUCUCGUUUUUUCCAGUACUCCCCACAUUUGAGAUGCACUGCUUUAGAAGCUUGUGUUCAUCCUUUCUUUGAUGAGUUGAGGGAUCUGGACACUCGCCUGCCUAAUGGGCGCCCCCUCCCCCCACUCUUUAAUUUCAAACCUCAAGAGCUCACUAGCAUCCCUCCUGAAACUCUUCGUCGUCUAAUUCCUGAACAUGCUCGGAGGCAGAACUUCUUCAUGGCCUUACGCUCUUAAGUUCAGCUUGGAAUUUCUUUUCUGCUAUGUGCUUAAGGUGUUGUCGAAUCGAAUUUGCUUGGAAGCUUUGAAUUGGGCAGCUAAUGAGUUGAUCUAUUAUGUCCAAUUCAGAAGUAGAGUUGUUGGUAGUGUGAUCUAUACGAUUCACUGAUCCUAAGUAGACCUAAGUAAAAUAAAAUGAUGUAUCUGUGUACCUGUAUUUGUGUAUCCGAGCACCUAUAUCCACGUACCAAUAUCAGUGCAACCUGUGUGAUCAUUUACCUUCCUUUGAGAGGCAGAGUAUGGUUCAUUUUGGAGAACAAUGCCGAGAGCCAAGAGAAGCUGAUUUGUUUGUAGUAUGUCUCUAUGACAUUAUUAUAGUUGCAUGUAUUUGUUUUCCCCUCUGAUAUUACCACUUUCCACUUUGCUGGUAUGGAGUUAAGUUAUAUAGUAGUUGGAUAUAUCUUCCAACAUUGUGUAGAGGGAGAAUGGCUGUUUGCACAGUAAAAGUAAAUAUUGUUAAAAGAAACUAUGCAAGAAAGUGAAACAACUGAUAUUUAAUACAUGUAAUAUUUUGGUAUGAAAUUUUGCAACGGGAUGUAAAUCACUCACGGGGUGGUGAACUGGUAAUGUUGUGAUACACAUGAUAAUAUUGUGUCAC